UUGUCUAACAAUAAGAUAGCAAGGCUGCAGCAGCUGCUCCUACGAGCCGGUACCGUCGUCGAGGAGGCCGAGGGGCGGCGAGUCACCAACCGUGGCAUGCUCCUGCAGCUUAGGAAGCUCCGGGAGGCCAUGUACCGGGGCUACUACAUGCUGGACACCUCCGUAACACGGGCCUCUCGACCAAGGAGAGGGGUGGCGGUGAGCAAGUACAAACUUCAAAGCGAUAUGGACAAUUUAGAAGCUACACUUGACGGUAUGAAAGAGUUUCUCCUAAUUUUGAUGCACUUCCCUCCUAUCGUUCGUCAACCAUACAGUUCCUAUCUGAUCAUGGAAAGGUGCAUGUUUGGUCGACAUGUGGAGAAGGAGCAGAUCCUAAACUUUUUACUGCACCAUCCUUGCUCAUAUUUGGAUGUCCUUCCUGUUAUUGGGCCCUGUUAUGUUGGAAAAAGAACUCUAGUUGAGCAUGUAUGCAGAGAAGAAGUGGUGCAAAUAAACUUCUCUCAUAUCUUACGUUUCAGCAGUGACGAUCUCAACAAUCUAGCUAAUGAUAGCGAGAGCUAUACUCGUAGGAAGCUGCUAGGUCCUUCUGAUGGAAGGUCCCUGAUUGUCGUGGAGCUUGUUCACGACACGGAUGUGGUGGCAUGGGGUAAACUUUAUCAUUCUUUGCGCCAUGGAGCGGACGGUAGCAAGGUCAUACUCAUCAGCAGAAUGGAUCGGGUGUCAAGUUUGGGGACAGUGCAAGCUCUUAGGUUGACGAGGUUACAUCGAGAGGAGUAUUGGUACUACUUUAGAGUCCUCGCCUUUGGGAGUGCAAACCCAUAUGAUCAUCAUCCAGAUCUUGCCUCAAUAGCCAAGGAAAUUGCAACGGAGAUCGAUGGUUCGUUUAUGAUUGCAAGCACGAUUACCAAUGUGCUACGAGCUAAUAUGACUACAAAAUGUUGGCUUCGCGCGUUGGGGUCAAUCAGGAGGUCAAUACAGAUGCACAUUCUUGUCUUCGGAGAGGACCCAAGGGACACACAAUCCAGGAAAAGGUAUCUGUCCUAUUUUCAUAGCUUUAGCCAUGACGGUCCUCCCAUAUUUUGCUAUAACAGAUACACGACAAGGUCUUUGAUGCAAGGGGACAUGGCAAGCAUGAUAAGGCCAGAAGACAUGCUUAAUGCAAGGGCUGUGAAAUAUGAAGAGAAGUUUGAUGCCAUAUUUCAAUCUCACAUACCUCCCUAUUACUACUACAUAAUUAAUUGUGUCGUGGAGAAACCUAAAAGAGUUGAUCUUGGAGACAAGUGCCUCAAGAGAAAAAGAAAUAGUCAAAUUCUAAGCAUGACUUUAUAGUUUGAUAGGCACCUACAGUCUCGGGCAUAUUUGACCAACCAUUGCAUGUGGGUGGCGAUAUUUUAGUGUACAAGGCUAUAACCAUGCAAAAGAACCUUGUAAUAAAGCUUAUGGGUUUAUUUUGAUGAUACGAAGAAGUGUAAAGAACCUUGGUAGAA